AUGGGUCCAUCCAAGCUGCACACCAUUGCAAGACUGAAUGAGGAUAUCAAUUUUGAUAACGAUGAAUCCCCUGGGAUAUCCAAGGGGUCUUAUCACAACCAGAGAUCGUAUCUUUCCCUUUAUGAGAUGAGGCACAAGAAUCUUUCGAUGCAUCCGCUCGGCUUGGAAUCGACAACUCCACAGAAAUCAGCUGCAGAGGUGUCGCAAUUGAAAUUAGAGAGCUUGAUUCUGGACAAGAAUUGGAAUGAUAAACUAGACGACUUCCAGCUAGAAGAACUCCGAGAUGGAUUUUUCGAUCCCAUGUUCACUAAACCAGAGAAAAAUACGGCAGAUUACUACGAUUCCUAUCCCAAACGUAUUAAGAAGCGUACCUAUUCAAUACAAACAAUACUGCCUACCAUCAAACAAUUUUUCACUGGCAAAUUCAAGGACAACUGUAAAAAUAAAUGGCCCCAAGUCUUAAAAUUCGUUCUAUCAUUCUUUAUAUCGUUUGUUCUCUGCGUAAUACGUCCCUCUGGUGUAUGGAUAGGACAUAACCAUCGAUAUUUGAUGCCAAUAGCUGCUAUACUACAUCAUCCAGUUAGAAACAUCGGGGUACAAUUAGAAAUGACAGCAUUUUCCAUCCUGGGUUUAGUAUUUGGAUUGGGCUGGUCGUCCUUAGCCUGGUAUGUCUCCACGGCCACAAAAGUAGUUUCGAAUUUCCAAGGUGGUAUACUCUUUCAAAGCUUGUUUAUGGCACUGAUGUUUUCCGUGUGGCUGAAGUCCUAUUACCCAAGAUUUAUGUAUUUUGGGACAUCAUUCGGCAUGGCCAUCAUCUAUACACAUACAGUCGAAUUGGUUCAUCAUGCUAGCAUGAUGCGGUGGAUGUUUUUCAGAGACUUUGCAUUAUCGUACGUUUUCGGGUUGAUCCUUUCUUUAUUAAUUUGUGUUCUGAUUUAUCCCCACAGUGGGAAUGAAUCAUUAAUGACACACUACAACGAUACGGUGAAAUCAUUUAGGGAACUACUUGUUGGUAUGGUUGACUCAGAACAAUUUAAUAAUAAAGAAAAAAUGUCCGUGCUUCAUUCUAAGAUGAUCCAGUCGUUAAACAUAGAUCUUUCCGAAAGUUUCAGAGACUUUUUUAAUCAAAUGUCAAUUGCACAGUUUGAUAAAGAUCAUCUCGAACAAUUUAGAAACCAUUUAACUAGCUUUUCAAGUCCUCUACGUGUGAUACCAUUGAUGAACAUGUUGUUUGACAAGGAAGAGUUAGAAAAACUUUACACCAACCUUGACACACACGCCGAAGAAUCAAAAGGUAAAGGCUCGAGUAACGGUAUUGCAAAUUCAAACUCUGCUUCUUCCUCUCAGAGUCCUGAAGUAUAUUCAGCUUCUCACUCACCUUUCACCCCCAAAGGGACAGACUUACCUCAUCAUCUAACUGGAUACAGUGAGUUUUACGUAAAGAUCUUGAAGAAAACAUUUUCAAAGCCGGUUUUUGAUCUGAUUUUGGAGAUGAUAUUGGUUCUGGAAAAGGUUUCCAUGGCACUAACUGCAUACAAUUACGAUAGGUCAUCCAAAAGGGAUCCCAAGUCUGUUGUACAAAUAUUGGAGGAAGUGAAUACUAAAUUGAAAAAGAAAAUCUAUCGGCUGGAUAUAACAUACAAAAAAUUUACCCAGAGCAAUAUAUUUUCCCAGGACUUAUUGAGCGAUCAUGAAUCUGUUAAUAUUUUUCUGUAUCUGAGGUACCUCAGAAACUCCUCUAAACAGCUUGUGGGUGUGGUGGAGAGUUGCGUGACAUUAUCGACUGAUAUUCAUUGGAGAAUACAGCUUCCUCAAUAUCCAUUAAAAAAGGCGUUACACAGACUACCAAAACAGUGUGCGAUAGAUGAGGGUUCUGAUAGUUUUUUGCGAUAUUUUGAAACUAAAAAAGCAGUCGAUGACAUCUUCGAAAGAAUUUACAACUCUUAUACCUCCAAGCACGCCUAUACCAAACCGUUGAAUGAAAAUGAAAGGGUCAGAGCUAUUGACCAUCGUGAUUUUGGCCUUCAUACAACGAAAAACACAUACAGGUAUCGAUUGUGGCAGUUAAGCCGAAUUUUAGUUGGUCCAGAGAUGAAAUGGACUUUCAAAAUUGUAUUUGUUAUUGUGUUCUUAUGCAUACCGGCCUGGUUACCAGAAUCCCAUCAUUGGUACGCAAAUUAUCAAUGUUGGUGGGCCCCAAUGUCCUUUUACAUCCUAGUCCACAGAAAACCAACAGGAGGGUAUAAUAAGUUAUUGAUGAGACUGGGCAUUUCUGUUCUCGCAAUGUUUUGGGGCUGGGCCGCAAACCAAGCAAGGCACUACAGUAACGCUUUUGUCAUCUGUACUUUUGCAGCUUUACUAUGCGUCCCAGCAUCGAUAAACCUAUUAUGGUAUGGGAAUCCGAAGGUCACUUUUGCAGCUCUAAUUAGUUUUACCGUGGUUGCUUUGGAGCCUUACUCAAUAGAUGACCGUAGUACCCUGAACACGGCGUCCAUUUGGAAAAAUACAUGGAUAACAAGUCUCUCUUUGAUUAUCGGCAUACUCGUAUCUGUGACCAUUAAUUGGAUUUUUUGGUCAUACAAGGCCAGAACAGAACUCCGUCUUGCAAUGUCUUCCUUAUUGCUACAUCUUUCCCAGUCUUACCAGUCUAUAGCGGACCGAUAUUUGUAUCGUGACACUAAUGAUUCUCCGACGGAAAUGACAUUAGCAUUUGCGCACAUCAGAGAAGUUAGAAUGACACAAAAUAUUGACGCUGUUAGGAACUUACUGAAGCGGGCACGUUUGGAGCCAAAUUAUAUUUCAAAUUUUAACGCGGAUAAGUACGACACGCUAUUGACAUCAUGCCAGUAUCUUUUGGAAAAGUUGAUUGAGGCACGUAUAUCUGGGACGUACUUCGAAGUAUGGGAUCGAGAUAUGAACAAAGAGGUAACGAGGGCUUUGCUAUCACUACGGAGGGACAGCGUUGCUUCUGUGAUUUUUGUUUUUUAUGUCAUUGGGAACUGUUUCAGAUCAAGAAAUCGGAUCCCAAAAUACUUACCGAACACUAUUUUGUCAAGAAAAAGGCUGUUCGACUAUCUUUCCGCAUUUACCAGCCAUACUGACCCUCGAGAACACACCAAUACUCAUACACAAGAGCAUUUAGGGACACAAUUACUGAAGAACAAAAUCGGAAAGUUUUCACAACCCGAGGAGAAGUACGAAUCUGCAUUUGACGAUGACGUAAAUUUUCCGCCGAAGCAGGAAUUUUCGGUAGAUGAAUACCAGAGGCUGCAUUGGACCGAAGUUUAUGGUGUUGUAUUUGGCAAAGCGUUCACAGAUGUGUGUGAGGCUGUACAAAACUUAUCCAACUGCUGUAAAGACAUUCUUGGAGAAGAAGGGUGA